CGACCGUUAGCUGGAGCGAGCGCGCUGGUACCAAAGAGGAGAGAAAUCUGAGCGGCGGCACCGGCUGAUGUGAAAAGUCACCGUAUCUGAUCUGAACCCGGCUUCCCGUCGUCUGCACGGACCCGUCGGGGGGAAAUGAGAAUCGCCAUUUGCCAGACGGUGAUGGGCACGUCUGAUCACUGAGUGAGAUUUGGACCAAUACUCGUGGAGCCUUGACCCGACGGUUGAUCGACAGCCGCACCUCCAGUUGAACUCCCCCCUCGGUGGCCCUUUUUCACCACUGCCGAGUCUCUGAAGGAAGAAAAUCCCAGAGGGACCAGAAACCUCGUCGCCGCACACUUCCUAGCCAGACUCCCCCAGUACCUCACCUCACCCUCACCUCCCCAAGAGGGAGAGAACAGCAGCCACCAUGGUGCUGUCACAGAGACAAAGAGAUGAACUAAACCGAGCUAUAGCCGACUAUCUCCGCUCCAAUGGAUACGAGGAGGCCUAUUCCACCUUCAAGAAAGAGGCAGAGAUAGAUAUGAAUGAAGAGGUAGAUAAAAAGUAUGCAGGGCUUUUGGAAAAGAAAUGGACCUCAGUCAUCAGAUUACAGAAAAAGGUGAUGGAGUUGGAGUCAAAGUUAAACGAGGCGAAGGAGGAGAUGACACAUGGAGGAACUGUGGGUCAGAAGAGAGAUCCCAAGGAGUGGAUCCCCCGUCCCCCAGAGAGAUACGCCCUGAGCGGGCACCGCGCCCCGGUCACGCGCGUUAUAUUCCACCCCGUCUUCUCUGUCAUGGUCACAGCCUCUGAGGAUGCCACCAUCAAGGUGUGGGACUACGAGGCCGGGGACUUUGAGCGAACCCUGAAGGGCCACACAGACUCUGUGCAGGACAUCUCCUUUGACCAGACAGGGAAGCUGUUGGCUUCAUGUUCAGCUGACAUGAGCAUCAAACUCUGGGACUUCCAGGGUUUCGAGUGUAUCCGAACAAUGCAUGGCCACGAUCACAAUGUGUCGUCUGUAGCCAUCAUGCCAAAUGGUGACCACAUAGUGUCGGCUUCCAGAGACAAGUCCAUCAAGAUGUGGGAGGUGUCCACUGGGUACUGUGUGAAGACCUUCACAGGCCACAGAGAGUGGGUGAGGAUGGUGCGUCCCAACCAGGACGGCUCAUUGCUCGCCAGCUGCUCCAACGACCAGACUGUGCGUGUGUGGGUGGUCACCUCGAAGGAGUGCAAAGCUGAGUUGCGGGAGCAUGAACAUGUGGUAGAGUGUAUCGCCUGGGCCCCUGACACUGCUCACCCCACCAUCCUGGAGGCCACAGGCUCCGAGAGCAAGAAAAGUGGAAAGCCUGGCCCCUUCCUUCUCUCUGGAUCCAGAGAUAAAACCAUUAAGAUGUGGGACGUCAGCACUGGGCUCUGCCUUAUGACUCUGGUGGGACAUGACAACUGGGUCCGUGGGAUCUUGUUUCAUCCUGGAGGAAGAUUCAUAGUGAGCUGUGCUGAUGACAAAACCCUUAGGAUCUGGGACUACAAGAACAAACGCUGCAUGAAGACCCUGUGUGCCCAUGAACACUUUGUUACCUCUCUGGAUUUCCACAAGACUGCUCCAUACGUGGUGACGGGAAGUGUCGAUCAGACAGUUAAAGUCUGGGAGUGCCGCUGAGACCACGUCCAUCUCGUGCCCUGUCCUGCCUCCGACGACUCCCCCCCCCCCCCCC